AUGGAAACUCGGAUAGGGGGCAGAUACAUCGUACAGUACCGGUUAUCCUCUGCGCAUCCGCACACGGCUGGCCGGGAGAUCGGUAGCCGGCUGUUCUACCCCGAGCUCGAAGCCUCUGAAGUUCCAGCUGUGCUGCUUGGUCCUGUAGAGCUUCCUGUUGCGGAGCGGCAGCCAGCUCAUUGGCACUCUCAGCCUCAGCAACAGAGUCCAGAAUCUCCCAUCAACCUCGAUGUAACGCAGCCGCCUCUUCCAACGCCCCGGGUCUAUGAGCUGCCGGCAAAUCCAUACGUUCCAGGGCCUUGCAAUCCACCCCCUCCGCCAAUAGCGCCUUCAAGACCAACCCAACGUGGCCCUAUCCCCCAACCGGCAGACAUUUCUUGGGAAAGCUUGUCAUCGGCCGAGAAGCCCGAAGCCGAUCUCUCGCUUGGAUUCAAAAUCUGGUCACAAGGUUCUCGCGAGAAGCUUGAGAAACAAUUGAAGAAGGGAUGCAAGAACGAAAAGGUCAAAGAGGUUCUUGAUAUCCUCAAGAACAGCGCCUCGAAGUUCAAGCAACACUCUUCGCUCUUCGAGUCGCCUAUUCAGGAGUGUCUGAAAGCCCCGAGCGAUAAGCGCAACAAGUGCCUCCUCGGUCUCGUUAUUGCGAUGCAAGAGGAGGGCCAUAAACUCAAAUCAAUCGGCAAAUCAGCCGGAGACACUGUCUUGACGAAGCUUCUAUCCAUCCGCAGAACAUCGACUUUUCAGCAGCAAAUCAACGCUCUCAAUUUCCUUCUGAAGCAGGGACCUAAAUCCCUGGUUAAUAAGCGCGACGCCCAGGGCUGCAGCCCUCUCGAUUACGCUGUUUUGUCCGGGAACGCCGGAGCAGUCGCGCUUCUGCUUCAGUAUCAAGCUGAUCCAAUGAGCCAAAACCGGUUGCAGAAAAGUGCGCGCGACAUCGCCAUGGAGAGUGCUUCUCGCUUAACUCAGGGCGGUAGCGAACUCAUGAUCAACAACCACGCACACAUCAUGAGUCUCCUAUUCAGGGAUGGGCAGCCUUGCACGAGAGCUCGUGAGGACUAA